UCUCAAAGUCCACUGGCAUCAUGUGGCCGAUCCCCCCAGGCCACAGAACACUAGUCUAUUCCACCGUUGACGGACAUGACAUUAGGCUAGAUUACUACUUACCCCCCGUGGAGGGAGGGAAUCUCCCAGCCAUAAUCUACUAUCACGGGGGAGGAAUGGUGGCCGGCUCGCGGCGGGGAAUGGGGUUCCCUCUUUGGUUGUAUGAUCAUUGCCAAGAAAAGGGUUACAUCUUCGUCUCUGCCGAUUACCGACUGUGCCAUCCGAGCACCGCCUUGGAUCAGAUCGAGGAUGCAAAGGCUCUCUUUCGCUUUCUAGAAGGGGAUGAUUUCCAAACGACGUUACCAGAAUCUUUCACUCUCGACACAGCCCGGAUCGCCGUGGCUGGCUUCUCCGCUGGCGCGUAUUCCGCCCGCGCAGCAUGCGUGUACGCCACGCCCAAGCCAGCGGUCCUGUUGUCGAGCUAUGGCACCGGCGGCGACUGGCUUCUGGAUCACUGGACCAGGGCUCGUCCACCGACAUCCAUCGCUCGGUUCGUAAAUCUCAACGACGUGCCUCGGAUACUGGCGGACAAGACGGUUGUGAGUGAUGAUUCGGUAGGCAGGGUAACCAACCGUUUCGCAUUGACGGUCCGGUGGGAGCUCGACGGGACGUUUCUUGACGGCUGCCUUGGUCGGCCAGGCUUAGGCGCCGAGCUUGAUAGAGUGGACUACGCGCAGCGGGCUGCAGCGAUUCCUGAUGACCUGAAACCGGCGUUCCUGCAGUUGUUUGUGACGGAAAACUACCCUCCGUCGGUGUUUGUGCAUGGGACAGCCGAUGAAGUUGUCCCCGAUCAAGAGAGCCAGCAUCAUUACCAGCAGCUCCAGCAGCUUGGGGUUAAAACAGAGCUGUUACUGGUGGAGGAUGGACCGCACGGCUUGGUGGACUUUAAUUCUGGAUUUCCACCGGGUCCAGCGAAGGGGGUUGUGGAGGCCUAUGACAAGGCUCUCGAGUUUGUUGCGGAGGUAUUUGAAGCAGUAUAGAGGUAUUGUAUAUCUAGCUAUUGGUAAUGUUCUUUUCUGUGUAUAACGAAGCCGUGUAUAAAAUCGCUUCUGCAUGUUGCUGGUUCUUCUUUUCCCUCAUACCAUACAUUUAGUUCAAUUGGC